GUGUGUGUGUGUGUGUGUGUGAGAGAGAGAGAGAGAGAGAGAGAGAGAGAGAGAGAGAGAGAGAGAGAGAGAGAGAGAGAGAGAGAGAGAUGGCGGGUUCGGGAAUGGAAAUGCCUCCCACUGGAGGGUUCAAUUUCGAUCUAUGCAGGCGUAAUGCCAUGUUGGAGAAGGAGGGAUUUAAGCACCCGCGCGUACGGAAAACAGGAACGACAAUUGUAGGGGUUGUAUACAAGGAUGGCGUUGUUCUGGGAGCAGACACUCGCGCGACAGAGGGAGAUAUUGUGUGCGACAAGAAUUGUGAGAAGAUUCAUUACAUAGCUCCGAACAUCUACUGCUGUGGUGCUGGGACGUCUGCGGACACUGAGAACGUCACCGCAAUGGUAAGCUCUCAGUUGGAGCUGCAUCGAUACGCGACCGGAAGGCAAUCGAGGGUCGUAACGGCUAUGACACUGUUGAAAUCUCAUCUUUUCAGGUAUCAGGGAUAUGUCAGUGCGGCACUUGUGCUGGGAGGAUACGAUGUAACCGGGCCCCAUUUGCAUACGAAAGAGGAGGCUAUGGAGAUGGUGGCCAAUGCAAUCAAGGCUGGGAUAUUCAAUGACCUCGGCAGUGGGAGCAAUGUUGACCUGUGCAUUAUCACCAAGGACGGGAAGGAGUACCUCAGGAACUACGAGAUGCCGAACCCGCGAACAUACGUCAAGAAGAAUGGAUACGUUUUCUCCAGAGGCCACACUGCUGUCUUGACAAGCUCGGUGCGCCGGCUGAGGGAGAGAGUUGAAGUGAUUGAAAGCGAUGCGAUGGAAGAAUAGAAGUGCGGACGGAAGAAAAGAUGGAGGAACAGAAGCAGAGUGUAGCUUGGAUGUCUAAUGCAGUUGAUCGCACCGGUUGUUGUACGCCAAUUUUUUUUAUCUUACGAUUGAAAAUUUGCCCGCUAACCCGCCCCGUCUCGGUUGCACGAGUGACGUCAGUAAGUGAAGGGUUUCUGUCUCACCAAGUGCCCACAUAAUCUAUAAUCUCAUGGCCUGAAACCACCUCCUUCUGACAUUUACGCACCACCCGUGCACCGAUGCGCCUCUUCCUCUCACACGACUCACCCCAACGAUGCACUGAAACGAACUGCUAUGCUGUUUGGAAACUCCCUUGUUGUUGCGCUUGGCGUUUGUGCAUCGAACUUUGUGUUAAUUUUCGAGGUUCAGAAAAAUCCAUGAAUGUUUUCGAAGGAGUUUAAUUUCCGAGGUUCAGAAAAAUCCAUGAAUGUUAUCGAAGGAGUUUUUUUGUAGUCGUAGUGUAUGCCCCCUUCUAUCUGGGUUUCCGACGCAAUUGCAACAACCAACCCGCACUCAGUCGACAAAGCUGAACUGAUCUAACCAGGUGCUCGUCGGACAAUGACACAGUAUCUGACCCAACUCUCUCCAGUCGACUCUGGCAUGUUUUUUCUUCCUUCUUCCUUCCCCCCGCGGCCCCCCCCCCCCCCCCUCCCCCUCUGUUAUGAUAUGUUACCUUUGCUUGCCCCCCUUCCUGCAGCACUUCUGGUCUUUGUGGCAGUGCAUGUGUCCAAAAAAACAUGUGUUGAUACCAUGUAUGGCAGCUACGAGAUCGGAACACCUUCAACUUUUGUUUUUUUGCUGUGUGUGUUUUUACUUCUUUGUGGAAAGAGACUAUUUAGCUUUUUAUCGGCUACAGUUUUCACCCGAACCCGAAUAGAAUGUCCUGUUAUUAUAGCUGCAUUUGGGGCAAUUUUCAGUCAGAUGCAGCGAAAAUGACCGGGUUUUUGCUUCAGGUGGGUGGAGACGGUAGUGCUCUAGAUCCGAUGACUCUAUGAUCAGGAAGUCGUCCGCCUAGCGAACAUGGUGAAUCCUUCUAAGAUGAGUCUGGCGAGCCGAAUGCGGAGGCCCAAACUGAAACAAGUGGCCCAUUUCUGACGCUGGUGACGGUUUUUUUUUGUCGUUUGGAGAGCUUCCUAGAGGUGAGUGCGCAGUUGAAUCAGUGAGAAUAUGAUGUGAAACACAGGCAAACUGGUGCUUGGGCCAUGUAUGCUUCUAGCAAUGUGGCCAGGUUCUUUUGCUGUCAUCAUGUGCUGUAUUCAUUACUUCCUUUCGCCUGAGUUCAUUUACCGCUGUUGGUGAGGUUCGCAUUCUGCUGGUGCUAGAUGCAUUAAAUUGCAUUUAAUCC